GUAUUUUCAUAUUGCUUGUUAGCCAAGUGUAUGUGUUGCGCCCACAUCAUGGAAGGUCAGAUUAUCUUCGAACAUCACUGUUUUCUCAUUUACUGUGGAGAGGUGGAGCCUUAAGUAGUGAACGUUAGCUAGCUAGUUGGUCAGUCGGUGGAAGAGAGCGAAAGAGCAGGGAAGGAGUUGCUUGUCAGUAAGGGUCCGGGAGACAAUUUCAUGAACUUCAGAAAGAGUGACUCGGUCCAAUGCUGUCCCUCAGGCACUGUCAAGGGUUAACCAGGGUCAGCCUGCUCAGGGCCCACAGGUUUCAGCCAAGGCACACCGCAGUCUCCCCUCUGGUGUGCGGAGGUAGCCAGUGCACCUGGCAGAGCAGCAGCGCUGGCAGUGGCGGGCACCAUGACUCGGGUCCGCGAUACCGCCCCCCCUCCCCCGGCUGGAGUCACGUGAUUGCUGGGCUGUUGGCCGGGACUGGAGCCGUGCUGGUGUACAGACUACACCGAAGUCAGGUGGAGCAAGCAGCCACGAACAUCCACCCCAUCGGAGAGGCCUGCUUGUUCCCCAUCUAUACUCAGGAGGAGGUGACCAAGCACCGCACCCUGGCCGAUGGGGUCUGGGUGACCUAUAAGGGCGGGGUCUACGACAUUACAGAUUUUGUGGCUAUGCACCCAGGCGGUAAUAAGAUCAUGCUGGCAGCAGGGGGCGCCCUGGAGCCCUUCUGGGCGCUGUAUGCCGUGCACGGGCAGGACCAUGUUCUGGAAAUCCUGAGUGAGUAUAAGGUGGGGGAGUUGAGCCCGGAGGACUGCAAGCAGCAAGAGGCCAGCCCUUCCGACCCCUACUCCAGUGACCCCCCCAGGCACCCAGCGCUGAGGGUCAACAGCCAGAAGCCAUUCAAUGCUGAGCCCCCCCCGGAGCUGCUCUCCGACAGCUUCAUCACCCCCUCCGCCAUCUUCUUCAAGCGCAAUCACCUCCCUGUGCCCAAGGUGGACCCUGAGACCUACCGGCUGGAGAUCGAGGGCCUCCCGGGGGGGCCAGUGUCUCUGUCGCUAGCAGAGCUGAAGUCACAGUUCCCUAAGCACACAGUGACAGCCACACUGCAGUGCGCGGGGAACCGGCGCUCAGAGAUGAACCAUGUCAAGCAGGUGAAGGGCCUGAACUGGGGCAUCGGUGCCAUCAGCAACGCCACCUGGUCGGGUGCCCGUCUGCGGGACGUGCUGAUAGCCGCAGGCUACACGCUGUGCACAGUGGCGCAGCAUGUGCAGUUUGAGGGGCUGGACAGGGACGUGAUGGGCACUACGUACGGGGCGUCCAUCCCACUCCAGAAGGCAGUGAGCGAGGAUGGCGACGUGCUGCUGGCCUAUGAGAUGAACGGUGAGGAGCUGCCUGCAGACCACGGCUUCCCGGUGCGCGUGGUGGUGCCCGGCACUGUGGGCGCUCGCAACGUCAAGUGGCUGGGCAAGAUCACGCUGAGCCAAGAGGAGAGCAGCAGCCACUGGCAGCAGAACGACUACAAGGGCUUCUCCCCGAGCACCGACUGGGACACGGUGGACUUCAAGUCUGCCCCCGCCAUCCAGGAGCUGCCUGUGCAGUCGGCCAUCACGCAGCCGGCGGAGGGGAGCGCGGUGGACCGCGGCGCAGGCAAGCUGACGGUGAAGGGCUAUGCCUGGAGCGGUGGGGGGAGGGAGGUGGUGAGGGUGGAUGUGUCGCUGGACGGCGGCCGGACGUGGCAGGUGGCACGGCUGCAGGGUGGAGAUGAGCAGGAGGGGCCGGCUGAGGCCUCACCCCUGGGCCAGGCGUGGGCGUGGAAGCUGUGGGAGCUGACGGCACCCCUGCCCGAGGGCACCCAUGAGCUGGAGAUUGUGUGCAAGGCGGUGGACAACAGCUACAACAUGCAGCCCGACUCUGUGGCCCCCAUAUGGAACCUCAGAGGUGUCCUGAGCAACGCCUGGCACCGAGUGACAGUGAGAGUGGAGGAGGAGGAGGAGGAGGAGGAGGAGGAGGAGGAAGAGGACUAGACCCGUGCACUGUCUAUGGGACAAGGAGGAUGGUGGCCUAGGAGGAGGAGGAAGAAGACUUGCCCUUCACAGUGUCUGUGACAUAAGGAGAACAGUGUCGAGGGACAAGGCUGAGAAUGUUUGCUGACAGCAGACAGGACGUACAUGUCAAUAGGGUCAGCUUCAGUGUGACAGACAGAAUUAGCUGCAUGGUGCCCUGACCAUGGAAGUUGGCCUCAUCCUGAAGCGGCAACAUUAAGGAAACAUUGCCUUUCUACAGUGCCAACCCAAAACCAGAAAGCGCACAGCAGUAUUGAGUGACAUCAAGCACAAAUGGCAGCAAACCAGCUUUGGAUCAGUGGAUCUGGAACAUAAAUUCAUUGGAAUUGAGUUUUCUGUAAACUUUAAGGUCAUGCAAGGUUUAGAGGUAGAUGCAGCCUCAGUGUUGAACUUAAUCCAGCCUAAUAACAUUGUAGAUUAGCCUGUCUGUGGUGUGAACAGUCGCUUAAAACAAACCAAAAACAUAUCCCCCUCUGGCUGUUCAUCACAAUCCAUUUCUCAGACAAUGGGAGGCUUGGGGCAGGAAGUUCUGUUCCAAGGUGCAGUUCUGCAGGGAUUAGAUUUUUUCUGUAACCAUAUAAAUAGAAAAGUUUAAUAUUAUUCAUAAUUUCUUCUGUUUUAGCAGCCACUUUAACCUGUGUCAUCAAGCCAUAAUUAUCUGCAUAUUAUUUUAUGAGAAUCAUGCUUCAGCAUAGACAACAGCAUAAUCUUUGCAUCCCAGGCUCACAGUGUAAAAAUGAAAGUGUUCAGAAAGAGGAUCAGACAGAAGGGAGUUUCCCCCUAGAAAAUUCAGCAUUCUAAUGCAUUCUGGAUUUGGUAUGCAGUUUACUGAUAACGGGAAGAUGCAUUGCAAGUAACUUGAUAACUCAAUUCUCUUAAUAUGAAAGGAAGGGAAGACUCACCACUGGUUUUGGUGAGUCUUUGAGGACCAAAAAAGCACUUUGAAUUGUUCCAUUGACAUCUACUCUUGGCUCCCUUUUCUGAAUUAUUUAUGUGUUUUAUAUCAUCAGUAAUUUUUAAGAUCUAAGGGAACUGGAUCAGAAAUAAUACAGUGCCUUCUGAAUUGUGUAUGUACAAAAAAAAAAUUUCAGAGUAUUAAAGCAGUAGUAUUUUAUUUCUAGUGUCAGAUUAUAUUGGAUAUAAUGAAUGAAUGUAAUGGCAUCAACUGGAGUCAAUUAUGCUUUUGAAAUGUAACAUUUCAUCUGUUAAUUUAUUUUAUCUUUUUUUCUUCCCUCUGUCUUCUACUUGGUUGUUCUGCCUCAGAUUACAAAAUUAGUCACCCAGUUUGUAAUGAUAAUUGCAAAUGCAGAUGGUGGUCCUGUCUUGGUCUUCCCAUCCAUGCUUCUGGUAAUACAAAGCCAUGAGAACUAGCAGAUGAAGCUGGAGGACAGAGUGACUGUCUAUGGACAGAUUGUGCUGUACAGAUUAUCUGGUUCAGUUGAUUGAAAGUGUCUUUUUUGGAGAUUUAUUGGCCAAUGCUGAGCACUUCCUUUCUUUACAUUUAUGAAUGAAGGAGUUUUAGGAAGAAUUUGGAGUCAGUUGAGAAUUUGAAGGGGGCCAGGUAUUGAUUUGAAUCUGGUAAUAGGAUGGAUGAGCGGGAGGAGGAGCGUGGUAAACAUACAUAAUUUUGUCAGCAGAAAGGAGUGGUCAUCAGCAGUAAGAAAUAUGACACUUGCUGGUUGACAGUUACUGCUUGUGGGUGUAAUAGAAAUUGAUAUUUGCUAAGUAGGUUUUGAGUUUUGAGGUAUUUUAAUUACUCUGUCUUUAGGUGGAUGCCCUAAGCAAGAGUUUUCAAAAUGAUUACAAUAAAUAUUCAACAAAAACAUUUCACACAUGUUUAAAAAAGUGUGAUUGGUGUACAAAAACCAUAACACAGCUCAGAUUACAAAUAAACUAUAUUUUCUGGAGUAAAGUCUUGGGUUAUUAGAUACACAAUCAUGGUAAAUUUGAGUGUAAAAUCUUUACAGGUGAAAACUGGAUGAUGUAAAAUAACUUCAAAACGAGAAUGCAGAGAACUGGAUGUAUUCAUUUAGCAAGGAGAGUGGGUUAAAUGUUGUGGUUCUUUGAGUUUUACAUAUUGCUUUACUUCAGUUACUUGAUUUUUCUGGUGCCAUUUUGUUGUUUUACAGAGCAAGUAGUUCUGCAAAUUGUCUUUGGUUGUUGGGAUGUCCUGUGUUUGGGAUUAAGCAUAAGAGGACACUUAGAAUAAAAUGCUGCACCUAACAGUAAGCAUGAGAACAGUGCAGUAUGUUGUGAAAUAUCCAGAUUUACUAUCAAACAAGCAGCCAAACUACAUUAACCAAAAAAUAAAUUGAUGAAUAUACACACUGCCAGAAAUACACAAUAGCUUGAUCCCUUUGAUCAAAUUGCUCAUUUAACAUGUACCACACCAGGAAAUCUGGUGUGAAAUGAAAACACUUUUUAAUCCUGACACCAGUGUACUUGCUUGCAAAGAAGGCAGCAUUGAAGACUCAUGUAGUCAUCAGAAACAACCCAUUGUAUAGUACACAGUGGUUAAAGGCACUGAACUGUGGACUCAAAUCCAGUGUCUGCCCUUUUACCCUUGAACACAGUAGGGCAGAUUGCUUUUCUUCACACAUAUGACACCUUUCUGCUUUCCCCCCACUUUUUGCAACCUAGCGUUUCAGAAACAGAAUUGAAGAUGAUGUAGAGGGUGAAUGAUCUUGGGAAGUGUCAUCCUUCAUUGAAAAUUUCAGUGGUGGGGAAAGUUUACUUUUUAAGAUUUUAAGAAUGUAUCCUUUUGAAAGCCAUGCAUGCACGUAGGGUUUUGCAGAACUGAAGGACUGAAUUGAACUGAGUCAGAUGAUGGAUCAAGUGGUGUUAUCAGUUUUGAGUGAAUCCCAGCACUGGUGUAGGUAUUAGUACAAUGUGUUCAAGCUAUGAGACACAAGCACACUUUUGGGUGAGGGUCAAAGGCCUACCAGACAUAAAACACAAUCCUUGAUAAAAUGUUGGAAAAGAUAGCGCAUCUGCACAUAGCACAUUAGUGCAAAUAAAGUGCAGUAUAUUGUUAAACCUGUCAAUACCCAUGCGUGCGUGGCAUGAGAAAAUGCAACAACUGCAGGGAAUGUGGUAAUCAGAUAAAUACAAAUAACUACAGAAGUGGAUUUAUCAUGUGACAUUCACACACCCUGAGAGGGAGGCUCAAUGCAGUGCAGCUUAGACUUACCUUGUGCUGUGGUGGGGUUCUUCCAUCUCAGAUCCGCCCGAAGGACUCUGUAGGCUGUACCUGUGGAUCAGCAUUUUUCCAUUAAGACGUCAGUUAUUGAAAUGGAUUGAACUGUUUAGAUUAAGUUCUACUGCUAAGGUAUUGCUGCUGUAUCACUUUGUGCCCAUGCUUUCAUGGGCUUUGAAGAAUGGUGGACUUUUGAGUGAUUCAAUCUAUAGUUUCUUUUCUUAUGAGGGUAUAUAUGAGUGUCAGAGUUAAUAAGCUCUUUAAGAGGAAGCCAGACCUGAUGUCUCAGGGUGAAACAGAGCUUCCACUCAGAAGCACUGGCAGGGGGUGUUGUGCCAGCACACACACAAAGAGGAGAGCUGGGGAGAGAAAGCAGGGCUUUUAGGGACAGCAGAGCAAAGAGGAAACACAGUGAGGGGAGAGGAUGACAGAAGUACGAGGCAGUACGUGCGCACAUCUCCUCAGGCAGAAACGGCAUGCCGAGGCCUCACACGCCACAGCAGAGCCAAUGAAGGGGCUAUAGGCGCAAUGGAGGGACAACUGCAAGACCAGCGCAUGACUCCUACGUGUGGGCUUUCUGCCCAAGGGCAAGGGGAACAGGUGGGUUGGAGGGAGGGACCUUAUGAAGAAAUGCAUCAAUUAGACUUGUUGAUAUGAAAAGGAAAUACACUGUAUUUGGAUAACUAUGUGAAGACACCACUCCAGGAUGAAAUCACUGUACUGCUUUUGUGCUCAUGUUGCUUUGAGUUAAAUGUCAACAACAACAAAGGUUACCCUUAAGAGAGCAUACAGAUAUUGCUAAUAAAUCCCUUAUUUAAAAUGGACUGCUUACACUAGAGGCAUCUACUGUCUGAGGAGAAUUGCAACCCUUUAAAUUACACUUGGGCUGUCAGCUGGCCUUUUUUAAGAGCCCGUUCCCUUCUCGUUCUGUAUAGUGUGUCUGUUUUUACCUCAGUGAUCAAUCCUACAGUAUGUGUAAUAAGGCUGUCAAAUGCUUCUGGCAAAAACACAGGAGUAAAAUUGACAAAAAUCAAAUCAUUUAUUUAAAUGCACAACCAACCAGAAACCCACACCACCACACUGCUGAAAAAGUGAACCUCUUGCUCUGCAGCCACAAACCUGCCUGUCUUUUUGAAGACAGGUUAAUGGACAGUUGGUACAGGUGAAGCUUAUGAACUAAUGGCUGUCCCAGACAGUCACUACACAGACACAAUGAAACAAUUGCAGUGAACUGGUUUGCAGUGGAGUUGAUGGUGUGAGCUAAGCUCUUCCUUCACACUACAGAUAUGAACACCACAGUAGAUUUAACAAGAUCAAGAAGCCCAAAAUCUAUUCAUAACUAAUCUUUCAUCUUGCCUUAAACACUGAAGUGACUGUGGAAGGAGUAGCAUCAGAUCCUGUGAGCGAAUCUUUGGACUGGGUGGAAAAUAUGUGCAAUGAUUGUCCCAAACAAUGUCAGGCUGUGGGAAAGAGUAUAGUAUGUAUUUUAUGUGCUCACCUGCUUGGGGUCACAGCUCUAAGAAUUCAAACUGAAACCAUUCUGUUUGAGCAAUGCACUACUAAAUUUAGCUAAAUUUAGACUGCUGAUUAAACACUUUACUGAUGAUUCAACUGAUGAUUUCCAACAAUGGGCAUGACGUGUGGAAAAUGUGUUCAACUUCAACUUUUAGCACGUUACUUUCCUAAUAAAGAAGAAAAAAACUUUAAGUAGACAUUUUGGAUUUCUUCUGUUUGCAUUUAUAUUCCAACAUAGAAACAACAAGGUUUGUGGGAGAUCAGAAACCACAUCCUUUGUUUUUCUGAAGAAGAGUAGAUGUUUAAGGGCAGCAGACAGUGAGCAGUUAUUUUAAAAAGAUUGUUUCAGUUUGCACAGAAAGGCACCAGUUCUUCACAAUUUCACAGAACCAUAGAAUCCAUCAUUUAUUGGAAUAAGCUUAUACAUUCAC